UUAGCAAAUAAAAAUAUUGCACUUUAUUUUGAUAACAAUACAAUCGUCUUUCUAUAAAUCUUUUCGUUUCCAAUCAAAAUACUUUAGCACCACUUAUCAAAAUGGCGCGUUAUUUCAAGGAACAAGAUAUAGAUGAAUUCCGUGAAUGUUUCUACUUGUUUGCUCGGUCUGGACAAAUCACCUCCCUGGACGAGUUGACCGUCAUCAUGAGGUCAUUAGGCAUGAGUCCCACGAUCCAGGAGUUGGCUGGUUAUUUGAAAGGCAAAGGGGGGAAGAUGUCGUUCGCGGAUUUCCUUGAAGUGAUGCACAUACAUUCUCGUGCCGAAAAUCUUCCGUCAGAGGUAGUAAACGCGUUUAAGGCCGGAGAUCCGAACAAGACCGGAGUGAUAUCGGCUAAGCAACUGCGGACGCUUCUGCAGAAAUGGGGAGAAGGGCUCUCAGCCAGAGAAGUAGACAACAUUUUCCGCGAAGCGAAUGUUUCCAACAGUGCUACGGUGCGCUACGAAGACUUCGUUAAAAUCGCCUGCGCUCCAGUACCCGACUAUUAUUAAAUUUUUUAUAUAAUUAUAUAACUAGCUGACCCGGCAGACUUCGUAGUGCCUCAAUCGAUAAAUAAAAGACUUAAACUUUU